GUUGUGCCUUCCUCCUCCUCCUCCUCCUCCUCCUCGGAUGAGGUUCUCUGUGAGUGCACACACCUCACCACCUUCGCUGCAGGUGUCACCCUUAUGCUUGACUCCAAUCUAUUCAAGUACAUUCUUCAACGAGAUCCCUCACUGUUCCUCUACAAGUCUGCACACCUCAUCAUCAUCGCAGCUGCAUCAUCAAUUCUCCUCAGAGUGUACGCCUCGAGGAAGCACUGUUGAUGCCACUUGA